AUGGGCUGUUUCUGCGCGGUCCCGGAGGAAUUUUACUGCGAAGUUUUGCUCCUGGACGAGUCCAAGCUGACCCUGACCACCCAGCAGCAGGGCAUCAAGAAGUCAACGAAAGGGUCGGUUGUCCUGGGCUACGUAUUUCGUCACUUAAACCUAGUGGAGAUAGAUUACUUUGGACUGCGCUACUGUGACCGAAGUCAUCAAACGUACUGGCUGGAUCCUGCGAAGACCCUUGCUGAACAUAAAGAAUUGAUAAACACUGGACCACCAUACACUCUGUAUUUUGGCAUUAAAUUCUAUGCAGAGGAUCCGUGUAAACUUAAAGAAGAAAUAACAAGGUAUCAGUUUUUCUUGCAGGUCAAGCAAGAUGUUUUACAGGGCCGUUUGCCUUGUCCAGUCAACACUGCAGCACAGCUGGGAGCAUAUAUAAUUCAGUCUGAGCUGGGGGACUAUGACCCGUAUAAGCACACUGCAGGUUACGUCUCGGAGUACCGCUUUGUUCCAGACCAGAAGGAAGAGCUGGAGGAUGCCAUAGAGCGGAUACACAAAACUCUGAUGGGUCAAGUUCCUGCUGAGGCAGAAGUGAACUACUUAGGGGUGGCCAAAUCCCUGGAAAUGUAUGGAGUGGAUCUCCAUCCUGUUUAUGGUGAAAACAAAUCUGAAUAUUUUUUAGGAUUAACACCCAUAGGAGUUGUUGUCUACAAGAAUAAAAAACAAGUAGGAAAAUAUUUCUGGCCUAGAAUUACAAAAGUUCACUUCAAGGAAACACAGUUUGAACUUAGAGUCCUGGGAAAAGAUUGCAAUGAAACUUCCUUCUUUUUUGAAGCACGUAACAAGAUCACAUGCAAACAUCUCUGGAAAUGCUGUGUAGAACAUCAUACAUUUUUCAGAGUGCCAGAGAAUGAAUCAAACUCUCUUUCAAGAAAAUUCAGCAAGUUUGGAUCCAUAGGUUAUAAACAUCGGUACAGUGGCAGGACAUCUUUGCAAAUGACCAGAGACCCUUCUGUGCAGCUCCCACGGCCUGACCAGUGCAUUGAAAGAAGUCGCAGCAAGACUUACCCCAAAAGAACACAACACACAGGAUCUAAGAACAUAAGCCAGAUUACAACAAAUGGGGAAAAUGAAGGAACUACCAAAAUUAUUGCACCUUCCCCUGUGAAAAGCUUUAAAAAGAUGAAAAAUGGAAACAGUCCAGAAACCCAAAGAAGUAAAACAAGCGCACCGUGGGAGGAAAAUGGCCCACAGAGCGGGCUGUAUAAUUCUCCCAGUGACCGCCAUAAAUCACCAAAGUUUCCUUACUCUCGGCGACGGAACCCAUCAGGUGGCAGCGAGAAUGAGUCUGGGCAGCCAGUCCGGAGGAGGAAAAAUCAAAACAGUGGCGAAGAUUCAGAUUUAAAGCAAAGGAGAAGAUCACGGUCUCGCUGUAACACCAGCAGUGGCAGUGAAUCAGAAAAUUCCAACAGAGAGCAUCGGAAGAAGAGAAACAGAUUACGGCAAGAGAAUGACAUGGUUGACUCAGCUCCUCAGUGGGAAGCUGUGCUACGGCGACAAAAGGAGAAAAACCAGGCGGAUCCAAACUACCGGCGAUCCAGGCACAGAUCUCGAUCGAGAAGCCCAGAUGUACAAGCUAAAGAAGAACUGUGGAAACAUAUUCAGAAGGAGCUUGUGGAUCCAUCUGGCCUGUCUGAGGAGCAAUUGAAAGAAAUUCCAUACACUAAAAUAGAGACUCAAGGCGACCCGAUCCGCAUUAGGCAUUCACAUUCCCCUCGAAGCUACCGUCAGUAUCGGCGCUCCCAGUGCUCUGAUGGUGAAAGAUCUGUCCUGUCUGAAGUGAAUGUGAAAACUGAUCUGGUGCCUCCACUGCCUGUUACACGAUCUUCAGAUGCAAAAGGUCCCAGCAUCCAGUUGACUCAACAGAGACAGAACGGAUCUAAAGACAGCCUAAUAGAAGAAACAUCUCAGCUAUCCACUAACAACGUCGAUGGAAAACCCACCACUAAGAUCAUAAAAACUGUACAGGUGUCACGCUUCAAGGUGGAGACUUGA